CUGCUCCCCGCGCUUUCAAGAAUCCGAGAAUUCCGAGCCCCACAGUGUGUGUCCAAAAUGGCAGACGGGCUGUAUGCGGGAGAUACUGUCGGAGAAGAUUUACUAAUCGAAAAACUAUCAUCAGUGAAAAAUUACAAGACAAUGAAUGGAAUCGAAUGUGACGAAGUGAACGGAUUAUACUCGAAUAAUAAUAAGCGUGCUAGCUGCAGUGCUAUGUUGUUUAGGGAUUUGUGUACGAAAAAUGGGAGCAUCCAACACCACGAAGGAUUGCCUCAAGAAGUCGAGGAGGACUGCAGGAAGAAGAGAUGCGUCGACCGAUACGACAGUUCCGAAUCGUCAGACAGUGGAGUAGCAGUCCUAAGCUGUUCAGAUUGCAGUGGUAGCAGUACUGCCUCGAGUGACAUCACCGACCCCGGAUCCCCGUUCAGCACUGCCUCAAACCAUUCGGAGGACUCGGGGGCCGGACUGCCACCCAAAAUGCCACCGGCCCAGUCUGCCCAGUACGCGCCCUGGCCUUGGACAGCGGACGAAGAAAGAGGGUCGCCCAUCAAGAGACCGCUCAACGACAAAACUGCCUUUACGAAACGCCCGAAGACUAAUAAUAAUUGUAAUAACGAGGAAUCACCGUCAUGCCUAAUACUAAGCUCGCCUGCGAAGGUUCAAAACGUUAUAGAUUCUAGUCCGACCAAUAAUAAUUAUAAACUUAAGCGAGUGGAAGCUGUUUCGCCCAAAAUGCAACAAGGGAAAAUUACUGAGUAUUUCAAAACUCAAAUGAAGUCGAAUGGAAUGAGGAAACAUCAAAUUAAAAAUGCUGAUGCUAAAAUUUCUGUGAUUAGUUCUGCAAAUGUACCCACCACUAAAAACGGUUGGAGAGUCAAUGCGGCAGCGAAAAAAAUGGAGUUUGCUAAAGCCCGAAAAACUAGCACUAUUCCUAGGAAAAUCCUUCCAGCUCCCAGUAAAGUACAAGAACCCAGCAAUAUUCAUCCUUUCGCACCCACCAUGACCCUAACUGCAGUAAGUUUUCCCUCCAAUUUGGCGUAUCUCAAAUCCCCUAAACCGCCCGAUAAUAUUUUCAUGCCUCAGUUUGCCACAAUCAACAAUGAAAAAGUCGGCACCUUGCCGAUCAUCAAUCGUAAUCCAUCAUGUCUUAUUCAACCAGUACAAAAUUUUGUCAAACUCAAUGCAACGGUAGUGCCUAUCGUAAACUUAAAUGCCUUACCGCCAAGGUUGAAUGCUGGAAAUGUUACCUUAAGUGUGGAUACAGCAGUACCGACAGUAUUACCUGCGAGGCCUAAAGGAGCUUCGGAAAAUUUAUUAGGGAAAUCGUAUGGUAGCCCGAGCGAAAAAUCGUUUGUCAGGAAUGUUAGUACGGAGGCUACUCGAACUGAAGAACCUUACAGAACGGAAGAAUGUCAGACGCAUCAACCCCAGCCACAGGAACCACCCGAUGAUAAAUGUUGGAAUGCAGGGAAUCAAACUCGAAUAAUGGACCAAAAAUCUCCUUCGCCAACGGACUCGGACAGUGGAAUAUCCAGCCUCGGUAGUUUGGAAAUUAGCGUGGACGAACAGGUCUCGGAAGAACCUAAGAAAUCGCCGAUAUUGUCACAACCAAAGACAAUUAGGUUUCCUCCUGUUCAAAGACAAAAGCAAAAAGACGUAGGAAGAGAACUUGGCAAAAGUCCGCCACAGUCCAGUGACAGCCGUUGUCGAUGGGACGAAUGUGCGGCACAAUUCGAUACCAGUGGGGCCUUAUUAGAACAUCUUCAGGUGAAACAUGUGAUAUCUCAAUCUCAAGCCAACCAAGAACACUAUGUCUGCCUGUGGAGAGGCUGCAAAGUGCACGGAAGGACGUCCUGUUCGAUAUCGUGGCUGGAAAGGCAUGUGUUGGCACAUGCCGGGACCAAACCUUUUAGGUGUAUCGUGGACGGAUGCGGCCAAAGGUUUAAUUCGCAGUUGAUGUUGGAAAGGCACGUCAAUAACCACUUCAACAGUGACGGGACCCAAAACACCAACACUAAAAAAUCGGUAGAAAACGGCCAGGUGAAGUUGUUCAAGAGGAACGGCCGGAUUAUUAGGUUUAGAAGGCAGCCUUGGUCAGCUCGUAUGUUCGAUUUUAUCGAUUCCGGCAUAAUGGAGGGUAUCCAGCACAAGCUUUUGUGCAUGACGCAGGCGCGCACUCUGGGUCAGAUCGACAGUUCGGGAGAGGUUAUCAACUUGCAAAGUCACAUUCUAGCCAGGAGGACUGAUUCGAAAGGCAACAAGGAAUUGCUGGUACAAUGGCAUCCAAAAGAUGUUACACCAGAUGAAUGGGUCUCAGAAAAAGAGUACAAACCGACCAAGACGGUGUCGAUUCCCGCAUUGUCGCCCCAAUCUCGCGAAGCCCUCAGUCCCACCCUGUUUCCCGAUAGCCAAAGACGGGCGGGCCAAAAGCACCGCAGGAAGCCUCUGAAAUCGUCGUGAUAGUAACUUUUAGUAGUUUAAGCAUUUUUUCGGUGUAAAUAGAUGGAGUUUUAGAACGUUUUUCUAGAAUUCCAUGUAAGAUAGUCGUAGUAAGCGCGUUAAUUUAUAGCUGCCGUGGUCGGUUUUGACCACAGUGAUCUACUUUAAAUGGUCAUAUUAGGUGCAAUAGUAGCAGCAGUUUUAUUAUUAUUAUUAUUAUUAUUAUUAUUAGGAAUUUAUUUUUAGCCUGUGUAAAAGUUCAAAAAAAAAAAUCAUUUCCAGUAAAUAAUUAAUUAUUGAAAGACUGUUAAGUUAGAUUUAUUGUUUAAAUUUUUUUAAGACUGCAAAGCAUUUCUAGGAUUGCCUUUUUAAAAGUGCUGCUACUACUGGAAAUACAAAAAAAUAAUUUAGGAUUUGUCAUACAGAAACUACUUAGAAUAAUAAUGUAGGAACUAAUUAAUACAGAUACAUUUUUCAUAAAUUAAAAUAAGUGUUUUUUAGGAAUAAUUUUUAAUCUUCUUACGAUAUUUAUAUCAUCAAUUUUCUCUUAGUUUUUGUAUGAUGAAAGGAUUAUUCGGGUAGACUCAAAAAGCAAGUGUAGAAAUUGGGUGGAGAAAUUGUUAUUAUCCAUAUAGAGAUAUAGAGAAAUUACAUUUGAUAUUUACAAAAUCAUACUUUUUUCUAAACAUUUUCAAAUUUUUGGUAUUUUGUAUCUUGUAUUUGUCAUCGUGUCUACAGUCUUGGAAAUACAUUUUAACUUGAAUUGAAAAUUUCAUAAUAUGGUAACUUUUUCAAUAUCAGUUCACAUUCCCAAAAAUGUAAUUUCUCCAUUUCUACAUCGAUAAUAACCAAAAUGUGAAUAUAUUGAAUGUCGGUGAAUUAAUUUUCACUAAGGCUGUACGUAUAGUGUUAAGGUUAGACGAUAGAGAAAAUUGCAAGGCCGAAUAAGGUUUUGAGAAUGAUUUGAAUUGAUCAUUUGAGCAACCAGUUUAGCCGCCACUGCCAUUAUUAAAAACGUUCAUUUCCGAAUUUUUAUGGAAAAUCGUUUUAUUAAGUAGGUAAAUAUUAAUUCGUGUAAGUAGGUUCAUUUUCUUUUUAAUUUUAAUUGUGGUUGCAAUAAGCCCCCUCAUUCCUUGACUCGGUUAAAAUCAACUAUGGUUUUAAUUAUUAUAGAUAUCGUGUAAUUUAUUUCAAAUCGGCAUAUAAGAUCUCUUUUUAUUAUAAUUCCAAUCCUAUGUGCUGGAAAAUUAGCACACUUAUUAUUUAUUUUAAUUGAUUUCCGGUUUUUGUUUAAUUUUGUCUAACACUGCCAUUUUAGUAACUGCCAAUUUAUAGAAAAUUAACGAACAAAUUAUGUGUAUUUUGCCAUGACAAUGUUAUAUUAUUUAAAUUAUUUCGUUUGUUUUGUUUAAAUGAUCUCAAAAAAAAAAGGAUGCUCUAGAUAGUAAAUUGCAACUAGUACUUAAAUCAAACUUUUGGUGCAUUUAAUUCAUAAAUCAUAGAUCAUUUUUAUUUAUUCAUUUAUAUACUAGGGUAUGGGUUUUCAUCAAAAGUUACAUUAACUUUUGAUGUACCUAAAAACUGCUCGUUUUGUCAUUAUUUUUUGUUAGUCGACUGAACAUGGACUGAUUUUUAGCAAAAAUAUAAUUUUAAUUUUUUUUAGACACAAAAGUACAUCAUACACAGUGUGUUACAAAUUUGUGAGUAAGCAUGAAGAUCUCGGUAAUCAUACAGGAUGUAUGUAUGUAUGUGUCGGAGGUGUCAGUUACAUUACGACCAAGGUUGAUCUAUUGUACCCCUCCUUCUGCUGCUAAGUUCGGGUUUCCUGCUUAAAAUAGACCCUCUAGUCCUAGGUCCUUUAGGAAUUUUAGAAUGUCUAGCGGUUCCAGGGCUGGAAUUUCUUCCAGCUGUAUAAGGGGAGUUCCCAAGUUCUUCAUUCUUGAGCGGCUUACGACAUCGCAGUUCAGUAGAAGAUGGCGAGGCGUUUCUUCAUCAUCUUCACAGAAUCUGCAAGUGUUACCUUCUUCCAACCCAACUAAGUGUUAAGCCCUUCGUUUAGGGUGUUUACCAGGCUUAGGAUUUUAAGGGGGUUUUGCCCUUUGCUUCUUGGGAAGAACACUGUGAUGGUGUGCGCCUUUGGGAUGUCGUCUCCCAGGCACACCAUUAGCUCUCCUCCCUGCCAGGUUUCCAACCUGCGGACGUAUUCUAUCAGCCACUCAACUGUUUCUUUGGUCAGGCAAUCAAUCACCAGCAUGUUUGAUCGCCUCAUUCAUCAUUUCCUCCACAAUGACGUCCUCUAGGGCAGAAAGUUCUUCUGCACUGAGGGUUUCCUUAGGGAAUGCCGCGGAAAGUGCUGCCACCUUUAUGGUUUUUGCUGACACGGCGUGGCUGGUGCUUGGCCCAGCGGCUUUGUCAGCAUGAGGAGGUUUCGUCCUCUUCCUUUUCACGUCCGCUUUGUGUGGAAGGGUUAUGUUUUUGGGCCCUCUUUUCUGUGCCUUGUCUGGUGUCUGCACUUUCUUGGUCAGUGCAUUUUCUCUGGCUUCUUCCUUCUGGCCUAUAUUUAACCAACCUUGUAUCUCUUAUCGUUACCGAGAUCUCCUUGUAACACCCUGUAUAUGAGUUUUUUCAAUAAAUCAAAUUUUUACCUUUUGUACAUAAAUGUAAUAUCGGUACUUAAUUAGCAAAAACAAAAUUAGUAGCUGGGUACUUUCGAUCUCGAUUAUCUAAGAAAAAGUACCAGCCAUAUAACUAUUAACAAAAAUUAUUUUUUAAAUUUGUAAAUACUUAGAGCAGUAUAAUAAAAAAAAAAAACAAUUUUUGGAUCCAAUGAAUUAUUAUUAUAUCAAAAUGGCAUAAUAUUUUCUAAAAAUAAAUAUUCUUUUAUAAUAAUGCAUUUAGUAGAAAAAGAAAAACUCAAAAAUACAAAUAUUAAGACUGUUUUCCAAAAAUUCUUUUUGUUCAAAGUAAUUAUUGGAGAUUGUUCAAUAAGGGAUUGUAUUUUCUAAAACUCACUUGCGAGUGUGUUUUAUAAAAUUGUUUGACAUAAUUAUUAUAAGUGUUAGUGGAUGAAUAGAGUAUUUAAAAGAAACCUGAUUGUAAAUGCUUGAAUUUAAAAUAAAUAAUUGGUGUAUACAAGAAUAUUGUUAGCUUUAUGUUUAGAGCACAAAUAAUUCUAAACAGGUUUGAGAAGAAAUUGCAAUGGAGCGUAGAUAAAAGAUUGUAGUGAUAUUGAAGAAAUAUAUGGAUUUCGUAACAAUUUCCAAUUUGUGUACAUAUUUUUCUUUUAAUUUAAUUACUAAAUUUAAUUUAAUAUUUUGGUUAGAAUAUAAACAAAUUCUACCUCACUGAUUAUUAUUACGAUUUAUAGUAUAACUUCAAUUUUAAGUUAGUUUAAUUUAACAAUAAAAUAUCCGUUGUUCGAAUCUAAGACUGGUCUUGCAGUGAGGAUUUUUUUUUUUGUUUUUACAAUUAAUUUUCACACCUAACUGCAUUUUUAAUUAAUUAUUUAAUUAAUUAUUAUUGUGAUUCGGCAAAACGAUAUUUUUAUUUGUAUUUUAAAGCUAUUAAGUAAAUAAAUUUGUGUAAAUAAUAA